ACGGGAGUGAGGCUGCGGCGAGUGAGGCGCUGACAGGGACUCGCAGGGGCAUCUUGCACAGACCCCUGGACCACGCCGCCAUCGCAGCCUCCCGCCCAGUCCUCUCUCUGCCGCUUCUCCUCGCCAUGGAGGCGAGGCCGCCGCCGCCGCCGCGGGGCUUCGAGCAGCGGACCGGGCGGCGGCCCUGAGGGGAGCGGCGGGCCGAGACGCCGCCGCGGUCCUGAGGCGGAGCUGCCGUGCGCGUCCCCCGCGGUCCCGCCCAGAGCCGGGCUCGUGUCAGUCCCAAGGAUGGAUUUCAGUUUGUCAGUAUUGCCAGCAGGCUCCUUCACCUGCUGAGCCAUCCGCCUCCACCCAACCUCCCAGUCUCACGGUUUUCUUACUUAACAGAAACAGUCAGCAUGGAUUCCUGGUUCAUUCUUGUCCUGUUUGGCAGUGGUCUAAUACAUGUUAGUGCCAACAAUGCUACUACAGUUUCACCUUCUUUAGGAACUACAAGAUUAAUUAAAACAUCAACAACAGAAUCGGCUAAGGAAGAGAAUAAAACUUCAAAUUCGACCUCUUCAGUAAUUUCUCUUUCUGUGGCACCAACAUUCAGCCCAAACCUAACUCUGGAACCCACCUAUGUGACUACUGUUAAUUCUUCACACCCUGACAAUGGGACCAGGAGAGCAGCUAGCACGGAGUCUGGAGGCACUACCAUUUCCCAGAACGGAAGCUGGCUUAUUGAUAACCAGUUCACGGAUGCCACAACCGAACCCUGGGAGGGGAACUCCAGCACUGCAGCAACCACUCCCGAAACCUUCCCCCCGGCAGGUAAUUCUGACUCAAAAGACAGGAGAGAUGAGACACCAAUUAUUGCGGUGAUGGUGGCCCUGUCCUCUCUGCUAGUAAUCGUGUUUAUUAUCAUAGUUCUGUACAUGUUAAGGUUUAAGAAAUACAAGCAAGCUGGGAGUCAUUCCAACUCUUUCCGCCUAUCAAAUGGCCGCACAGAGGAUGUGGAGCCCCAAAGUGUACCACUUCUGGCCAGGUCCCCAAGCACCAACAGGAAGUACCCACCACUGCCUGUGGACAAGCUGGAAGAGGAGAUUAACCGGAGAAUGGCCGAUGACAAUAAGCUCUUCAGAGAGGAAUUCAACGCUCUCCCUGCUUGUCCUGUCCAGGCCACCUGCGAGGCCGCCUCCAAGGAAGAAAACAAGGAAAAAAACCGAUAUGUAAACAUCCUGCCCUAUGACCACUCUAGAGUGCACCUGACACCUGUUGAAGGGGUCCCAGAUUCUGAUUACAUCAACGCUUCAUUCAUUAAUGGCUACCAGGAAAAGAACAAAUUCAUCGCGGCACAAGGACCAAAAGAAGAAACAGUGAAUGACUUCUGGAGAAUGAUAUGGGAACAAAACACAGCUACUAUUGUCAUGGUGACCAACCUGAAGGAGAGAAAGGAGUGUAAAUGUGCCCAAUACUGGCCAGACCAAGGCUGCUGGACCUAUGGGAAUGUCCGUGUGUCUGUCGAGGAUGUGACUGUUCUGGUGGACUACACAGUACGGAAAUUCUGCAUACAGCAGGUGGGCGACGUGACCAACAGGAAACCGCAGCGCCUCAUCACUCAGUUCCAUUUCACCAGCUGGCCAGACUUUGGGGUGCCUUUCACCCCAAUUGGCAUGCUCAAGUUCCUCAAGAAGGUGAAAGCCUGUAACCCUCAGUAUGCAGGGGCUAUCGUGGUCCACUGCAGUGCAGGUGUAGGGCGCACUGGCACCUUUGUUGUCAUCGAUGCCAUGCUGGACAUGAUGCAUUCGGAGCGCAAAGUAGAUGUCUAUGGGUUUGUGAGCCGGAUCCGGGCCCAGCGCUGCCAGAUGGUACAGACAGACAUGCAGUACGUCUUCAUAUACCAGGCCCUUCUGGAGCAUUAUCUGUAUGGGGAUACAGAACUGGAAGUGACUUCUCUAGAAACUCACCUACAGAAAAUUUAUAACAAGAUCCCAGGGACUAGCAACAAUGGGUUAGAGGAGGAGUUUAAGAAAUUAACUUCAAUCAAAAUCCAGAAUGACAAGAUGCGCACAGGAAACCUUCCAGCCAACAUGAAGAAGAACCGGGUUUUACAGAUCAUUCCAUAUGAAUUUAACAGAGUGAUCAUUCCAGUCAAACGAGGCGAAGAGAACACAGACUAUGUGAAUGCAUCCUUCAUUGAUGGUUACCGGCAAAAAGACUCCUACAUUGCUAGCCAGGGCCCUCUUCUCCACACAAUUGAGGACUUCUGGCGAAUGAUCUGGGAGUGGAAGUCCUGUUCCAUCGUAAUGCUGACAGAACUGGAAGAGAGAGGCCAGGAGAAGUGUGCCCAGUACUGGCCAUCUGAUGGCCUGGUGUCCUACGGAGACAUCACGGUUGAGCUGAAGAAGGAGGAGGAAUGUGAGAGCUACACUGUCCGAGACCUCCUGGUCACCAACACCAGGGAGAACAAGAGUCGGCAGAUCCGGCAGUUCCACUUCCACGGCUGGCCUGAGGUGGGCAUCCCCAGCGACGGCAAGGGCAUGAUCAACAUCAUCGCAGCAGUGCAGAAGCAGCAGCAGCAGUCGGGGAACCAUCCCAUCACCGUGCACUGCAGUGCCGGGGCAGGACGGACAGGAACCUUCUGUGCCUUAAGCACAGUCCUGGAACGCGUGAAAGCAGAAGGGAUUUUGGAUGUCUUCCAAACUGUCAAGAGCCUGCGGCUGCAGAGGCCACACAUGGUCCAGACACUGGAACAGUAUGAAUUCUGCUACAAGGUGGUACAGGAGUACAUUGACGCCUUUUCAGAUUAUGCCAACUUCAAGUGACAGAUGACAAGGCCCACAGACAGGAGAAUUGCCUUUAAUAUUUUGUAAUAUUCUGUUUUUGUUAAUAUACCCAAAAUUGUAUAUAUCUUAUAACUGUUUUAGAAAUGGCACAUAGGCUUCUAUUACCUGUUAGGUGGAGAUUUUGUAUGUAAAUGUGUUAGCACUGAUAGUCCUUUUCCAGUGUUUUAUUGGGAAAUUAAAUAGUGUGAUAUUUGGGUUGAUAAAAUGAAAUCCUCAGCCUGGAAAUUGGGCCAGAUUAUUCUUUGCUUCAAAUGUCUUUUCCUAAAGAAGAUAAACACAAGAAUCAUUCCAGGUAGCUCGGUUCCAACUAAAACAAAGCACAAAGUUCUCAGAGCUCUUGAGGAAAUGGUUGUCUCCUGUCCCCAGGCAAGCCUCUUCCCCUCCCCAUCCUGUAACUAUCCCUCCCCUCUCCAGUCCACCCUCGUCUCCACCAAUAUCAGCCACCUCAGGCAUGGGGAGUAAUGAGACCAGAGCGCCUCUCUGGCACCACAGCAGGGAUCAUCAGGUAAUAAACACGCUUGAUUCCCUGAGGAAAUGCCGGUCCCUUUGUCUUGGGCAGAGCAGUCUUAUGAGGCUGGGGCUCUUCUGGGUUGUUCCUAGCCCUGCUGUUGGCUGGCAUCUUCCAGGUCCUCUUUUCUAUCAAGGGUAAUCAUCCCAGCCACCCAGCAGCUUGGCUCCCUGGGACAGACAGACAGCAAGGGUCUCCCUGGGACAGACAGAUAGCAAGGGUCUCCCUGGGACAGACAGACAGCCAUGGUCUCCCUGGGACAGACACACAGCCAGGGUCUCCCUGGGACAGACAGACAGCAAGGGUCUCCCUGGGACAGACAGAUAGCAAGGGUCUCCCUGGGACAGACAGCAAGGGUCUCCCUGGGACGGACAGCAAGGGUCUCC